CCUGGAUCCGCCAGUGACCUGGGCCGGGUCCGCCCGGUGGGCCGAGGUUGCAGAGGAGGCGGCGGGUGGUACCGCGGCGAGGCGGCGAGGGGGCGCAACGGGCGGGCGCCGAUUCCCGGAGGCCGCCGUCAGGGCGAGGUUGAUGAUCAGAAUCCCUCUACUGCCAGUGAGGAUAAGACAACUAAACUGUUCAACACCUGCCUCCCCGGGUGACCUGAAAUGCACAGGGCACUGGACCCCACCCCUAAUGCUUCCAGGUGUCCUCAUGACUUCCCCUGCAGACCAUGUCUAUGAUCCUUUUUGCCUGUGUGGUGAGGGUGAGGGAUGGACUGCCUCUCUCUGCUUCCACUGACUUUUACCACACUCAAGAUUUUCUGGAAUGCCGAAGACGGCUCAAGACUUUAGCCUUGCGACUGGCCCAGUACCCAGGUCGAGGUUCUGCGGAAGGAUGUGACUUCAAUAUACAUUUCUCUUCUUUGCGGGAUGUGGCUUGCAUGGCUAUCUGCUCCCGCCAGUGUCCAGCAGCCAUGGCCUUCUGCUUCCUGGAGACCGUGUGGUGGGAAUUCACAGCUUCCUACGAUACCACCUGUAUUGGCCUGGCCUCCAGGCCGUACGCCUUUCUUGAGUUCGACAGUAUCCUUCAGAAAGUGAAGUGGCAUUUUAACCACGUAAGUUGUGUUCAGAUGGGGAGCAGCUUGGAAAAAAUUCAGGAGGAGCUGGCGUUCCAGCCUCCAGUGGUCCUCACUCUGGAGGACACCGAUGUGGCAAAUGGAAUAAUGAACGGUCACACACAGAUACACUUGGAGCCUGCUCCUAAUUUCCGAAUGGAACCAGUGACAGCCCUGGGUGUCCUCUCGCUUAUUCUCAAUAUCAUGUGUGCUGCUCUGAAUCUCAUCCGUGGGAUUCACCUCGCAGAACAUUCUUUACAGGUUGCCCACGAGGAGAUUGGAAAUAUUCUGGCUUUUCUUAUUCCUUUUGUAGCCUGUAUUUUCCAGUGUUAUUUGUACCUGUUCUACAGUCCAGCCAGGACAAGGAAGGUGGUGCUGUUGCUGCUCUUUAUCUGCCUGGGCAACGUGUACCUGCAUGGGCUGCGGAAUGUCUGGCAAAUCCUCUUUCACAUCGGGGUGGCUUCUCUGUCUUCGCAUCAGAUACUGACCAGGCAGCUUCAGGAGAAGCAGUGGGACUGUGGAGUGUGAAGGCGACUCUGUGUGACGAAUGGAUCCUUUGGCUUUCUUAGGAGGGUUAUCUCUGUUUCCCUUCUGGCUUCUCCACUUCAUCUCAGAUUUUCACCCUCGAAGUUCCCUUCGACCAAGCCAGGCGGAGAGCGACAGUGGGGGAUUUUGAGCAGGUGCAGUGGAAGGCAGGAGGUGGCUUGAGACCCAGGCCCCGCUUUGUGCUGAGCGUUACAGCGAAUCUCCAGGUCAGCACCUCUCCUUGGGACAGCAGAAUUUGGGGGCUCACCCCCCAAGGAGCAUUACUGGAAGAUCAGAACGGAAUUGUUUUGGUCUUUUCAAUCGAAUGACGCAAUAAACCACGAAAUCCAAUAACACUAGUUUUAGUAACUGGCAGUUGUCUCUGAGGAACCACUUUGAAAUCCGAAUCAGCUUUUCAGUCUAAAUGUGACUUGGUUAGUUUCUCAUAGAGGGUCAAUACAGGGUGAAUUAAAAAUUUUAAAAUACAGCUCAGAAAUAUAAGCUAGAUAAAUUUUGUUUACAUUUUUUGAUAACUUGGGUCUGGUAUGGUACCUUUAGAAUAUUUAAAUAUAUUUUGGAUAUAAAUUGAACUUAUCUUCAUUUAGGGAAAGGGUAAACUUAAGCUGAGAAAAUGGUUAAGAAAGCUGAAUUUAUUUAAUUUAUCUACAACUUUUUAUGGUGGUGGAGCUGCGUGGGUAUGGAAAUGUUUUUUUUAUUUAUUUGCAGGGCAUAUCUGAGUAUUUUAGAAAUUGAGUAACCAGUGCUACUGGAUCAUAGAUCGUGAGCAUGACCAUGAGCUUAUAAGCCUGAGAAUUUCAGGACUCUCUGCAGUGGGCCACAGACUGGAUUCACAUAGUGGCACGUUAUAGAUGCAGGGGGCAUUACAAACAAACAAAAAUGCUCUUGUCAUAAGCCUUGUACAUGGCAGCUGGGCACCUGUCAUUUUAAUGAUGAGCAAUGCCUGACCUUGUGUCCCUGUUCCCAGAAGCCCUCCCAAAUUAAUUACUCCUUUACACCUUUCCCAGUCAUCUUAAUUAGAUCGAGAACCUCAUUCUUUAUGAACAGGAGUUAAGUAGGUGUUAAUUUUUUUAAAGCUUCAUCAAGGUAUAACUAACCCUGUGCUCUGCAAAGUUACUUUUUUGGUCUCAUUUUCAAAAUAGUUGAUUGAUCACAACUUUCCAAAAUGGGGCUCUGAAUAAGGUCCCUUAGGUCUCCAGAAAUUUCAGCCUGAGUUGUCCAGUGCCAUUCAGGAGACCGUAUUGGGAGCCUGCCCUUUGGAUUCUUCUUGGUAGGAAUCUGAAUAGCUCAACAGCAAUUGCAUGGGAUUUAAGGUUGAAUUAUGUGGUCUUAAUAAAUUAAGAAAUCCUACUUUGAUAGUUUUUAAAAAGUUGGAAACCAUUUCAAGAGUUAUUGAGUACAUGGGGGAAAGCAAGAAUAUUAUUUUAGGGAAUUCAGUUGUAGUUGGUUGUUACUGUUAGUGUAUUGCUACUGAGCUACCUUGAUGUCACUUUAAGAAAAACAAGUUUAUGUGACUGGAAAUUGUUGGGAAAAUGUUGCCGCAGUCAUUUUAUUUUCUUAUAAUACAAUUUUCUAUUUUUAAUCAAACAAUAUCUGGCUGUGAGAGGUAUAUUGGCACUAUCCUCAGAUGUCAAGUUCAUUGUUGUCUCUCCUUCGAUUCUACAUCUGCAUGAUUUUCUGCAUACCCAGCAGGUGCAUCUAAAGGUUUUCUGGGACAUAAUUUUGAAGAGAUGGUAGAAUAGAAUGGGAAGCCAAGGAGGGGAAACAAAUCCUUGUAAAUUAGAAGCACCAAAAAAAAGGGGGUGGGGCUUUAAAAGUUGAUAAGAACAGCUUACAAGUGAAUUGUAGGUUUAUUUAGUUGUUUAUUUUGAGCCCCUGUGUUACUGAUGUUGCCGUGUAGCCCUGUACCCCAGAUGCUCUUGCUCUUGGGGUCUGAGCCUGUGAUCCACAUUCAGCGGACAGUAGAGAACCAUCCCUGAAGAGAAGUCCCUCCUGGUGAAUGCUUCUGCAGCAGCAGGGAUGUUAUCUACCCCUGGUUGGAAGUGGUUGUCCUCAAUUAGCAUCUACAUGGGGUUUGAGAUUGGUUUUUGCAAACAAAAGGGAAAAGAUGUCCUAGCCAAACAGUACGUAAGUGUUGUUUAACUAGAAUCCAGCAGAAAGACGCUUCAGCUUAUUGGAGGAAGAGGUAAGUGAUAGGACAGAAGUUCUGGGGAUAUUGUCCAAGGGAAAUCGCAGGCUGGUUCAGGCCUGAAGUUUUGUGCCUCCCUCUACCCCCGCAACCCCGCUGUGCCAUCCUUGAUGCUAGAAAGCUGCUCCCUGCCACUUUGCAGGAGUUCUCCUCACUCCCCCACAGACUCAUUGCUGUUCUAGCACUUUGUUUUCCCAGGGGUAAAAUACCACCUGCCCAACCGACCUCCCAGGGGUAGAUCUAGGAAUAGAUGAAAUAAUGUUGAAAACAAACCUUCAGAGUGCCUUCUGGGAUCAGAUGCUGCAAGAUCUUAAACAUCGGAGUGCGUUGUUCCCAUCUACUGUAUUGGGCUGGCAGUGUGGCUCAGCACUCUUGACCAGGGUUUCCCAACCAAGGGGCCAAGGCCCGAAGGGUUUUCCCUUCCCCAAGUAUGCUGGUCAAAGAAACGCACAGACUCUGGUUUUCAUUUCCCUAGGCUAGCCUUACUGUGAUGUGGAUCAUUCCUGAGUUUCCUUUUCCUGGCUGGAGACAGUCGGGGGGCAUAUUUAGGUUGGCACUUCCUCUCAAUACAGGAAGCCCCACCACUGGCAGCAGAAGGAAUGUGACUAGAGGCUCCUGGUUUUGCUUCUCAGGCUUGCCCCCUGUUACAUGUGAACUCUUGUUGCAGGCAUGGUGAGGCAAGGCCCACCAUUUUAAAGUUCCUUAAGGAGCAGGCCAAAGGGUGUCAAGAAGAGUGCUGAAAUUCAAACAUUUGCCUCCUCUGGAGCUCCCUGUUCCUUUCUUAGGUGGCCCCAUUCUCUAGGACUCCUCUGCCUCUUUCCAUGUCUGUCCCAUGCAUUCCAGCCCUGAACACACAGGCUGAACCUGGAAUCUCUGGAGGGAUGAGAAAGCCAUCUUCAAUUGUAGUUGCUGGGCUGCCCUGAGGCCCAGCUCUCUGCCUCUGUGCUGCUAGAAGCUUCAGCACACAUGUGGGAGUCCACGCUCAGUGGGGAGGAGCACUUGGGUGUUCAGCACUGCUCACAGUCAAAAAUGACACCCAGCAGGGCCAGCGGUUGGGGGCAUGGGAAGCAGGCCACAGGUGGGGAGCAGAGUGGGGGGCCCUCAAGCAGCUGCCUCUGGGCAGGUUGGGGCUGCAUCCAGGGCUGAUGUUUGCUGUUCCUGGAAGGAAUCAACCCCUCACUGUAAUAUGGGGGAUUGGUGGCCCUUAGGAGCCCGCUGCCAUGCAUGCCCAGAGCAGCACAGGUGAGGACCAGGAGGCACAGGAGUAUUUGUGGAGAUAGAUGUGCACCCCUGCUGCAGUAUGGUUCACGUUCCAGAUGUUUCCACACAGAAUCCUGCCUAGGUACAGAGAAGUUCCACUGUGCACUGCGUCCAUGGUGGAGGAAGAGAGAGGAGAUGUGCCUGUGAGAGAUGGGGGAGGCCUGGGGAUCGGCUUGACUCUUCUACUCAGCCCUGCACUGGUAGGGGCAUGUCAUGCCCACAGGCCUCGGUGUCCUCAGCUGAGGAGUGGCGGAAACAGCCUGCUCCCCCUGCAUGCUUGCAGGAGGAUAAAAGCCUAGUAGAGGAGAGUGCUGGGUGAAUCCCUUGGUCGCGUGCAGGAGGAGAAAAGCCUUCACCUUAUACAAGGAGGUCCAAGCUUCAGGCAGCAUGGUGUGGCUGUGUCUUCUUACAGAAAUGGGCAUUUUAUGAGACUGCAAUGUAAAUGGACUCAUUUUUUCACUCUAGAAAGGUAGUGGCUUCUCUUUCUCCUCCUUGAACCUGCCUCCUGCCCUCCAAUCACAGAGCUCUUGGUACCAUUGGCGUUGAGGCCUCCAGGACCCAGGGAGGCUGGUUCUGCAGGUUGAACCAAACCCAGGGUCUGUCCCCCACCCAAAUGAGGAGAGCUCUGAUUCUCCCACCUUCUCCCUUCGGGGAAGCAGUGAUGUCAGAUCUGUUUCUGGGAAACCGUCUUGGCAGGAAACCUGUGGAAAAGGCCUCGUCAGUGUGAUCUGGGAAUGGCCGGAUAUGGAAACAUCUGGCCAUGUGUACUGACGACAGAGCUGCUGCCCACAAGCGCCUUUUAUUUAGGGUAAAAUGAUCAGAUCCAUUGUUCUAACCUGUGCUUGGUACAUAUGACCUUCUUUAACCCUCGUGUGAUUCUGGGGUUACAUCAGAAGUAUUAUUUCAUGAAUUAUUCCUACGACUUGACCUCCCCCGGAAUUCUAUUCUAUUUAAUAGACUUUCUACUAAGUGCAUAAAAGAUUGAGGCUGAUUUAGCCAGGGCAAAACCAUUGACUUCACAUCUUCGUUUUGAAUGCUUGCUGUCCAUGUUGUACAAGCUUCUUACUGUUUUCAUGUAAUAACAAAGAUCUAUUUUGAAUAAAUGAUGGCUAUGUUUUAACAAA